AUGACAGGACACCCUGAACACCCGGAGCCUACGCCUACACCAGUCCCCACAUACAGCGAAGCUCCCGAAGUUGUCACCCCAGACCAUUAUAACCAAGGCCCCGUGAGCCCAAACCCUGACACCCAUUCACACACCGCCCCGUCCCUACCAGACGCCCUGCACUCCAGCAACGCGCCAACGCCAGUAAACGGCCCUUCAGAAAAACAAUAUCCCCACCAACCCGACUCCAUCGGCCAAACACCAUCCUACGACGCAUCGACAUCAAUGACUGCUUCACCCGAGAAGGCGUAUGCAGGCCAGCCCCUACCACAAUACUCGCAAGCACAAACACAACCCCAGCAAGGGCCGGGCCAGCCGCAGCAAUUUUACACGCCCUCCGGCCACCCCAGUGGAUAUGCCUCGGCCGUCCCGCUGCACUGUGUCCAGUCUGCGCCGUGUCCGGUUGACUGUCCUGUUUGUGGACAGCGGGAGAUGACUCGUGUUGAGGCUGUUAGCGGUGGGACUACGCAUGGCUGGGCUGCUCUUCUUUGCUUCUGUUGCUGUCUCGGCUGUAUCCCUUACUUGAUGUCCUCGCUUAAGGAUGUUGAGCAUUCUUGUGGUAAGUGUGGUGCUAGGCUUGCGACAUGGCACAAUAGUGGCCGUGUAAAUGUCUUGCAGAAUGGGGCGAGGAAGUGA